AUGGCUCGCGCCAAGUGCAAGCCCAGCGCCAUGAUCCGGGCAUGCAGAUACUGCCACAAAGGUAUUGGAUACUGGGCCCCAACACCUGCAGAAAUUCCCAAGCCUCUGCGGAAAUUAUCGCAGCCCAUUGUGCAGGCACUGCGCCUGUUUCAGGUCAACAUCGGUAAGCCAGAACGAGCAUUCCAAGGCUACCACGUGCACACAGCAGCCACUCGCUUUAGUUGGGAAGAGAGCACUGUGGAAGAGCGCCUUGCGGCUUUGCAAGGCCGGGACUGGCGACGAGGCCGAAAGGCUUACGAGUACUUGAUCAGUUGCGCGGACAGCUCCUACUCGGAGUUCUUGAAAGCACACACGAGCUUUCUGCGCCGCAGGAAGCGUGAUAUCGCUGCAGGAGAUGUGGAUCCGUGCCGAGCCAUCCCAUUCCUGCCGAUGAACUUCAUGGAGACGAUUGGCCUUGAAUGUGCAGUGUGGCCGCAUCUCUAUUGGACCACCCACAUGUGUGAAACUUUCAUCCGGAGUCAAGACAUUCGCCGGCAAAACCGCAGCCCGAACGCAGUCGCAGCGAACGUGAGCGAUAGUUCGGAUUCGGAUAGGUCGGAAGAUCCCGAGAUCGAGGAGCCGACGGGUGUGCAACAGAAACAGCGCCACAGCGCCAAGGGAAGCUUUUUGGCCAAAGUGUUGUCGUCCGUGAUCGGCUACGGCGCUGAUCGCGAGCUGAGCCAGUUCGUCUACGAUCUGUGGCUCUGGAGCUCGCUCGGUGCGGCAAAGCAUGUCCAAGGCACGACACUGCGGGGAGCGCUGGCGAGCAAGACGUUUUCCCCUGCGUACUGGCAAACACUACAUCAAGGGCUGGUCGAUUGCGUGUCGCAGAUCGGCUUUCCGCAUCUGUUCAUUACGAUCGCGCCUUACGAGCCCUCUGCACCGUACCAUGCUUGGAUCGAGGACGAGCUCUCCAAGAUGCUCCGCACGCGCACGAACUUGCCGGCUCCCGAAACCUUCCACCUCGCCCACCUUCUCCUGCAGGUCGCCGAAGGUCUCAUAUCUGGUACUAACCGGCAAGCAGCAGCGAAGAGUCGCAGGUGGACCGAGCAUGUUCUGGCGGCAGAAAAUCCAGAUAUCAAGACAGCGAUUCCUUGGCAACGAAUUCUGCGAGCAGACCUGCCGUGUGAAGAGCCCGAGCUUCGUGACUUGGUGGAAGGAUCACAGCUGGACUGGGACGACAGUGCUUGGCCGUUGCGCGAAGCACCCACUCAGUUCGAUUCGGAACAGAACCGCAUCUUGCUGCAGCAUCCGGCCGACGCCAAGGCUGCAAACGUCCGAGCUUGGAUGCCGGACGUCAUGGGGGCGAUGUGCUGCCACAUGGACGUUCAGACUGGCGACGGCCGUGAGCUUCUGCUUCAGUACGCGGCCAGUUACAGCGCCAAGUUCUCAGACCAGUUCGCCACAAGCUGGCUGAAUGAGGAAGCCACAGAUUAUCAUCUGGCGCGGCGCAUUCUCUCCGAGUACCAUCCCCUGGAACCGGAGAUGUGGUUGCAAUUGGCUGGUCAGACCUUCCGGCAGGUGGUCAUGACAGGGAUCGUGAGGCGGGUUAGCAUCAAGAUUCCAUGGAAAGAGUGGCCAGACCGUCAACUGGAGGCUUACAUGACAUGCACCUGGCGCCGCGAAGACCACAGCUUCCUCCAGUACUUGCGCCUCAGCAACAAGAACGGAAGCAGACGCAAGAACAAACGCAGGGUGCUGGUGGCGGCUUUGACGAGAAGCCGGAUGACCGACGAGUUCUAUGGACAGUGGCUCGUCCUGAACAUUCCUUUCCGGCAGGUGGACGAGCUGUGGGACGAACGUGUGGAACGAGUGCCCGAAGGCUACCGCAUGCUGGCCCUUUGCUUGUUAAAGAAGCCAGGCCUAUGGGAGCGGCCGCUCAAAGUGCGUGAGCAGCUCAAACUGGCAGGCUAUCGGGAAGCGCCCAUGAACAACAUCCUCGAAAUGCUGGUGGCCCACACGACCAUCAUCAAGGCUUACCUGUCGGGAUCCUUGAGGCUGGAAGAUGAUCCGUAUCCGCCAGUCGAGCAUGUGGCGGCACCAGAGCUGGGCUUUCGUGGACAGCUCGAGCCCGAACAGGCUGCAGUGCUCACGAACAUCAAGGAUACGGUCAUGUGGGCGCUUCGCCGGCGAUAUCCCGAUGAAGCAACUGCAGAAGCUCUGCAAGAAUACCUUGGAAGACCAGAAAGCCAGCGGCCUCGCAUCGCCAAGCCGUUGUGCGUGCUGGGGCCUGCAGGCAGCGGAAAAUCUACUUGCGUGCAGGUCGCCAUUCAACGGGCCGUGGAAGCGGGUGCUCACGUGGGAAUCGCUUGCCCGACAGGAAUGCUGGCCAGCAGCUAUCGCGAGAAAUUUCCAGAUCUCGACGUUGACACUUUGCACGGCAUGUUCCUCCUCCACAGGGAGCAGCACCACACCUGGGAAUGCAUGGCCAAUUACGAUAUGGUAGUGAUUGACGAGGUCGGGCAACUGUCGCAGAGAACCUUCGAGCGGAUCCUUUGGCUGUGGGACAAUGCGGAUCGAAGGCCAGCCCUGAUCUUCGUUGGCGACUUCCAUCAGCUGCGGGGCAUGGACGGCACGCGAGCAACGGACAGCCCACGGUGGCAACAUGUGGCGAAGCGCCAUCUGCGCACCAUGAGGCGCUGCAAAUGUGCAGAGCUGAAGUGGAAACUCGAGCUCCUCCGCACGGCCAAGCCUUCCCGAGAGCAGCUGCACCGCUUAAUUCGAGGGCAUCGGGCAAUGCCCGACAGGGGGCCCGGAUUUAGCCCGGAACCUACGAACCUCGACAUGGAAGGGAUGCUGGGGGAAUGGCCAGAUGCUACGUUCGUGACCGUGACGCGUCGGGCUGCAUCGGUUCUCAACGACUUAGCCGUGGAAGCUCUGUUCAAGGACGAACGACCCUGUGCUGUGGUCCCUGCCGAUUACGAGAGCAACUUGGAGAACUACGACCACUAUGGACAGCUUGUCGACUGCCAGCCGGUGUAUCUACCCAUCUACCUCAGCAUGCGUGUCACCUUGACCAGAAAUGUCAACAAAGGCAUCGGGUUUGUUAACGGCAUGGCAGCAACAGUGGUUGCCGUUCGAGGCACGGCGGUCGUUGUGCGCACGAAAGCUGGUCGCAUCUUGACCGUCUUCCCCAUGACCGACACGGAAGUGAUGAUCGGCGGAGCACCGUGCCGGAGCACCUGCUUGCCAUUGCGUCUUGGAUAUGCCACCACUCUCGUGAAAGUGCAAGGGGCGACACUCUCACGCGUGAUCCUCUGGCUGGACAAGGCAAACGUCGAGGCCGCCGGCUACGUCGCACUGUCACGUGUACAAAGAGAUGCGGACGAAAAGGAUCUGAUCGACGACCUGCCAGAGACUACGUCGUUUCAGUGCAACUCUUCGGCAGAAUCUGCAUGGAUACAUACCUUUCUGGACAAGCUGCAAGUGAUCGAUGCCGUGGCUGAGAUAAAGGACAGAAAUAAAACUGCGGCUGCAGGAGAACAUGCAACUCGGACUGUUCAUCGCCAGACGGCACUUCGUCUUUUGAUCGCCAUGCACGCAACUACUUUUGAAACCCAUCCGACCUUCCAUCGUCUCCUACCUUUCGCUGAUGACGAAAGCAUCAGCAAGCGUGCCUGGGAACAUCAGCUCUACGUGAUUCGAUCUCUCCUUCGUCUUGUACCUCAAGGUGACCGAACGGCAUCGCACAACUUCAUCCUCGGCUUCUACAAGGAUGUACUGCGGCGACAGCCAGCAUUGCGAGAUGCCUUACCUAACCCAGCUGAAGAAGAUAAGAGAAUCGACGAGUGGGCUGACAUCUUCCUGACGGCUGUGCACAGUGUGAUGAGAGCAGGCUGA